UUCCACUCAUGUUUCAACGCUUUUAUUUACACUUCUGUAGAUUGAUUUGAACAAACUGGCUCACUGUCAACCGCAAACUCGGCAAAAUGAAUUCGUUAGCUGUGCUACUUUUGUGUUUUUAUGGUACAAUUUUAUGUGCCACUCACCCAGUUAUCCAGAUUGAAGAUAGAUACGACACUUCCGAAAAAAUUAAUAUGGACUUUCAUCAACACGACAUGAACACAAGUUCGGGGAUGUAUUUCGAGGAAUUGGCCAACCUUCAAGUCUACCAUUCCGAGUGGGCAUUCGUCACAUACAUCAAUUUAUCCUAUUUCGCGACCGAAAGUGAGCACUUAGAGCAAACAGUGAACACCAUUCAAACGUUAUGCGAUAGUAUAAAAGCGGAAUUUUCUCUUCCAACUCCAGCUGCCUAUUGUGAUCAUACAAUGCCUCAGCUGUACAAUUUAUUGGAUGAGUCAAAAGAAUUUGAUAUAAAAUGGCUAAUUAAUCACGAAACCGAAUCAAAACACCAGAACCUACUUUAUAACACAAGAUCGCGUAGAAAACGGCGUGGCUUUAUAGGUACCAUUUCAAAGCAGUUAUUUUCAUCGUUAUCCGAAGAUGAUGCUGCUUACUAUCGAAGUCAAAUAAAUGCAUUGAAAACGGAGAAUGUCGAGCAUAUUUCAUUUGGCAAAAAUCAAACCACCUUAUUCCAAGAGACCCUCACCGUGUUGAAUAAUACGAUGCAAUCGCAAAUGGUUCAACAUGCAGCGUUACAAAAUCAAUUCAAUGAUAUCGAACGUAUUCUGAACAAUGUCACCAUUUCAACCACAUUAACCGAUAAGUUGACGGAACUGAUGCAGUAUACGACGUUUGUAAUAUCGAGUUUUUGGAAGAAACAACAGUAUUUCUUCGAUACGAUCACCACAAAAUCCAGAAACUUCCAGUUAAUUCCACCGAAAACGUUUAUGAAUGAAUUGGAACGUGUUCAUCAAACGGUCAAAUCGCAAGGUUUACAUUUGCCAUUGACUCUGACGCCCGAGAAUCUCUCGAAAUUCUAUCAAAUGGCAUCGACUGAAGGACGAAUUAUUGACAAUCAUCUCGUACUUCGAUUCUCAAUUCCGUUGGUUGAACCGAGAAAUUUUGUACUGUAUAAAGUGAUAAGCGUACCACGUCGCAAUGAAAACAAUGCAACGAAUGAAAAUGACGAAACAUUUAGCUAUGUCGUUUCACGCAACGAAUACAUCGCACUUGAUGCUGCAAACGAACAAUUUGUUACUUUAAGCCUUGACGAUGUACGGAAUUGUCAUCGAAUCGAUGGAAAGAAUUUAAUUUGUAAGCAAACCUUUCCAAUUAUGGCAAUCAAUAACAAUUUAGCGUGUGAAAUAAAUUUACUGCGAAAUACAAACAAUACGAGCACUUGUGAUUUUCGACCGAUUAAACUAACGGAUGAAGUUUGGGUGAAGCUACAAAAGCCAAACACAUAUUUGUAUACGUUACCAGUGGUACAAACUGUAGCGAUUGUAUGCCCGAAUUCACGAACCAAACUACAGCUCCAGGAUACGGGCAUCAUUCAACUGUCACCAAAAUGUCGAAUUAAAACCGAACGAGUCGAAAUCGUUGCAUUCCAAACGAUUGAAAUGAGAAAAUCGCAUCGUUUUACGCCAUCGGCGAAAUUCAAUGCAAGUGUUUUGGAUGAAAUAGCUAAAGCCAAGAAUGUUAAAAGUCUCAUCGAUACACAGUUACCGGCACAUAUUAGCAAAGACGAUCUGAAUCGAUUAACACAGAUUCGUGACAAUGUAGACGUGUUGCAAUUACAGAGUGUGAUUCAUAAAGCGUCGGCCAUUAGCGCAUUAAACGAUAUCGGCAACGGUAAUAACAUCAAUCCCAUUUUGCUAUUGAUUAUCGGUGUUGCAGCGAUAAUUAUCGUAAUUGCAGCGAUUAUUUUCUGUUUUAAAUACUGUGCCGUACCCGGGUGCAAUGUUUUCAUGAUUCUACUGUUGUUUACGAUCGUUAUACCAUUAGUAUUAUUUUUGAUUUAAUCUGUGAUCGACUCUACUACUUUUAGUUUUCGCGAUUAAGUAGAUGAUCUACUGGAGAUCAUCUUUAAACCGGAGAAAAACAAAUUUCUUCUCGUUAUCCAAAGCAAAUUUAUUGUAUAAUUGAUUUAGGUGUUUCUUUACGAGAUUGUUUCUUAUUAAUUAGAACUAUUUAAUUAUACUUAUUGUUAAGUUAAAGUCUUUAUACCAUGAAUCUAUACCGUUAUGAAUUAUAAGUUGAUGCUUGAUGCAUUAUUGCAUUAUACAUUAUAAGCUAAAAUCAAUUUGUUGUAUUAGUCAGUAAAAAUAUGUUCAGGGAAUUAAUUUUAGCUUCACGUAGUGAUGACAUAUUAAGAAGACUGAAGACUGUUUCAAACCAAUCAAAAUAUUUAUCGAUCAACCGAAAACCAAUACUUAUUAGGAUUAGGCAUAUUUAUGUAUGAAAAAAUUAUGUAUU